AUGAGUAAUUCUAACAUAUACCUCACUUCUCCAUGUAACAUGGCAUCUGCCUAUAGUAAAUGUGCUAGAUACAUGAGAAAAAUAUUCAAAUUUGACCAAAUGGACUUUCAGUUUGCCAUGUGGCAAAUGUUUUAUUUAUUUGUUAAUCCCCAAAAACUAAUAAAAUUAUUUAGGGCUAGGAAGCAAGCGAAGUCACAAUACGCAAGAGACGAUCCUGCAUUUCUAGUUCUAUUUGCAGGAGCGCUUAGUAUAACAACGAUAGCAUUCUCGAUAGUUCUCCAGUUAUCGUUUUUCCAAUUUAUCCAGAAUUUACUGUUUGUAAUUUUUGUAGACUGUAUCGGAGUAGGUGUAGUGAUAGCCACAUUUUUAUGGUACAUAACAAAUACCUUUUUAAAACCAAAAACUAACCCUGAAGACGUUGAAUGGGGUUUUUGUUUCGAUAUCCACCUCAACGCUUUCUUUCCACCCUUAAUAUUAUUGCACUUUAUUCAACUAUUCUUCUACAAUGGAAUCAUCAGCCACAACUGGAUGAUAUCUAUCGUAUUGGGGAAUACGUUUUGGUUAUGUUCGUGUCUGUAUUAUUUUUACAUUACGUUUUUAGGUUAUAAUUCUUUGCAAAUGUUAAAUAACACAAGGUACUUUUUGUUGCCUGUACCUUGGAUUGUGUGCUUCUACGUCAUCAGUUUGUUAAUGCAUUGGAAUAUUACUCAUAAGGUCAUUAAUUUCUAUAGACAUAUGUAUAUGUAACUACUAAUAAAUAUUUUUAGAAUAA